GCUUCCCCUUUCCCUCCAUCUUCUCCCCUCUCGUCUCCACCGCCGCUUCCCCCUUCUUCUCCCCACCUCGCUCCGCCCGAGAAGAAAAACCCAAAUCCAAACGCCGCUUCUGCUGAUCCGCCGCAUCCGAUCCAUCCCAGUGUCCCCCUACUCGAGCUGUAAAGAUCGAUAUGGAUGAUCAGGAGUGUGGCGGUCCAAGCGGCGGCGUCGGCAAACAAGAGGAUGGAGAAAUGAAUGGCACGGAAAAUGAGGUUGACGAUGCCGAUGACAUGGUUGAACAAGAGGAAAGCUCAGGCAGCGCGCCAAGCCCAUUGCUCUUAGGCACACGGCCCAAAAGGCUCCGAUCAAAGGUGUGGGAUGACUUCACACCCAUCUUCGUCGAUGGGAAGGUUGCGAGGGCUGAGUGCAUGCAUUGCCACCGAGUCUUCAACAGUGGCACAAGCAAUCUGCUAAAGCAUCAGGCCAAAUGCAGCCCCCGGGCACAGAAGAGGCCCAUGCAACAAGAGCUUCCAGUAUCGCUGUCAGUCGAGAAUAGGUCCCCUAAGGAACUUGAUGCAGUUGAGCAGGACAUUCCUACAGACAAAAAUACAAAGAACCUGGAGGUUGAACAGGCUGAAACUAAUAAGCUCGUCAGAACAUUGGCAAUGUACGGAGAUAUUCCGUUGAGGGUGAGCAACCAUGGUGAAUUCAGUCGGUUUGUUGCUUCCUUAAACCCUAUGGUCGAAAUUCCACCUGCAGAUAACUUGUACUUGUACUUCACGGGAUUAUUUGAAGAAGAAAAGGCCAAGCUUAAGAAGCGGUUAGCAUCUUUAAAUAGUCGGGUGUCCCUGAGUGUUUAUGUUUGGCACUAUGACACACUCUUGCCAUUUUUGUGCUUGAGUGUUCAUUACAUCGAUGAUCAAUGGCAGAAGGACAAAAAGAUCAUUGCAUUCCAGGCUGUCGAUUCUUCUUGCCACGCAAAAGAAUUGAGUAUGGUCAUAUUAACAGCUAUUAGAGAUUGGGGUCUCUUUGGCAAGGUUUUCAGCAUUGCAUUAGAUGAUGCAUUCAUUGACGAUUCAGUGGCUUCAGAUGUGAAGGAUAUCCUUCAAAAAUGGAACUCACUGCAUGCAGAUGAAAACUUAUCUGGAAACCAGAGCUUGUUUGUGGUACGCUACGCAACUCAUCUACUUGAUCAGAUUAUUCAGGUAGGGCUCGAUGAGCUCGACAAGAUCAUGGAGAAAUCAAGAAAGUUUUCUAAACUUAACAAAUUCAUGGAGAGGUCAAGAAAGUUUUCUAAGUAUCCAAAGGGUGACGCUCCUUUAGCAUUACAGUAUCCAAAUUGUAGAUAUGCACCAUCAUCAGAAGACUGGGGUAAAGCAGAUAAAAUUUGUGCGAUCUUGGAUGAUUUUCAUCGACAAAAGGAUGAACUGUACAAAGGUUGCAGUCCACUCUAGCUCUUUGACAAGAUCUGGGAUGUCAAGAAGGAUUUGCACCGUGAACCAGUUUACUAUAGUGACGAAGAAAGUUCGUAUGUGCGGGAAAAGAUGCAAAGGAAGUUCAAGGAACAAUGGAAAUUCAAUUGCUUACAUAUUUGUAUGCCUAUGAUCAUGGAUCCUAAAUACCGUCUGGAAAUCAUCAAGUCACGUAUUAUGUAUAAUUUUAACAGUGAUAUGGAAGAUUAUAUUGAAGAAGUAAAUGACAUGUUGCUUAGGCUCUUCAGGGAAUAUUCUGGUCAGACUGAAGACCCUAACUGCACUUCCAGUUUUAUAACUAGUGGCUGGAAUUAUUUGUAUAAAGAUGACAGGUUGUUGGAUCAUUAUCAUUAUUCUGAAUUUCCAGAGCGGAAGCGACCGAUGACUGAAUUUGAUCAGUAUUUGGAAGAUCCAUGUCUCUCAAAUGAUGGAACCAGUGUUCUCAAAUGGUGGAAGGAACAUAGUAUGAUAUAUCCUACAAUCGCUCGGAUAGCACGUGACAUAUUGGCAAUACCUUACCGUACUGAUUGUAAGGUAGCAACAAGGACCACAAGAGUUGCAAUUGCUAAGUCAGAUGGUAACCACUAUGUUGAAGAGCGCGUAUGUACUCAGGAUUGGCUCAGAUCAGGCGGUUAUGCAAGUUAGUUACCUCAUAUCAUUCAAUGAUACUUUGGGGCGAAUAGUUCAGCAUUGCUAAUGUUUUAUGUCUGCAGGAUUCGACAAUGCGUGUACUCAGGUUCAGAAAUGUUGAGGAUAAUAUGCUUAGUUCAUUUGGCAACUAUGGUUAACAGUAUCUUCAGUUACUGAUGAUAGAUCAUGGAUGUGUAAUGGGGCUUGUGUAUGUAUGUGUGGUCGGUGACUUGUCGGUUGGUCUACUGGUUUCAGUAUUUAUCCUUUCUAAACCUAUCGAUCCGGUGAUACUUGAUCAUUGUUCUUAUCUUGAUAUUAUAUUAAUUAUAUAUCCCUGAGUUAUAUUCC